AUGAUAAAAAAAUAUUUUAGCUUUGAUUUUCAGGUUAUUGGAAAAGUAUACUAAAAUAUAUAACAAUAUCUUAUUAAUUUUAUAUUAAUUAUACAAGGUAAUUAUGAUCAUCAAUUAAAAUAGGAGUAUUCUUUAGAAAAUUUACAAAAGAGCAAGGAACUAGUUUAGGAUUAGUAGGAUGGGUUGAAAAUUAAAAAGAUGGAUCAGUCAAAGGAGUUGCUUAAGGUGAUCCAAAAAAGUGUGAAUAAAUGUAAAAUAAUUUUUAAUUCUUAAUUAUCUUAGGAUUCAUUGGUUAUCAAAUGUUGGAUCUCCAAAAAGCAAGUAUUUGAAUUUAAUUUUAAUUUUAGAAUUGAGAAGAUGAUCAAAACAAAUGAGAGGGAAAUAGAUAAAUUAUAAUAUAAAGAUUUCUCAGUUAGAGAUGAUAAAAAAUAGAAGUGA